AUGUGCGGACAGGGCGACGGAGAAUACACGGGUUUCACAGGUUUCACAGGUGUCUUUGGUAUGGUACAGACCGGGACAGGUCGGUUCUCGGGGAAUCAGGUAACGGGGAUACAACAUUCUGGUGGGCUGCACAUAGCAUUAUACCCUUCGCUUUGCUUUUGA